UGGGCUUUCUGCUUGUGCUGCCGACGCGAGGUGGGACUCGCGCGGGCCUGGCCGGCGAUCGCGGCCUUCGAAGCUCGAGCAACUUCUAGGGCAGGCGCUGCGAGCCCGGACAGACGGGCGGUGAAGGAGAGCGUGGCCGCCAAGCAGGCAGGCGACGGACGCUGCCGGCCGGCUGGGGGUCAAAGCCAGCAACCGAUCCUCCGGCCGAGCUGGGGCGCCUCCCUCCGGCCGCAUCCCCGAGAGGAGCCGAGCAGGCGACGGAAGGAGGCAGAGCCCGUGACAGGAUUGAGACUGGCUGGCACUGAGCGGCUGUCAUGAUCUCUGCAGCGCCUCUCUACAGCGGGGUGCACAACUGGACUGGCACUGAGCGGAUUCGCAUGUGUGGCCUCAGCGAAGAGAGGAGAGCCCCACUUUCUGAUGAAGAAUCCAACACCAGCAACUCCCAGCAUCUGGGCUCCCCUGACUUCUGCACUGGCAGCAGCUUUUCCAAGGUGGAGCUCACGGCAGUCUCGAGUAGCGGCGGCAGUGCCCAAGGGUUUGAGGCAGAGGGCAUCGUGGAGGAGGAACUCGGACCUACGCUUAAGGAGCAGCCCUGCGAGCCAGACUGUGCUGAGAAGGCCUUGAAGGGCGGCAAUGCCAACCCAGGCAAAGUUAGGGAGGGCGGACUCACAAGGCCAGAGAGCAGCGGCAGCCCGGACUGUGCACGGCCGUCUGCUAAGGAGGCGGCAGAGGUCUCCCCCGCUUGCCCAAAGGCUCUGGAGAGCGAGCAUCCAGGGAAGGAGAAAAGCACCCCAGCUGCUGGCACAACCCUGACAGCUGCUGCCACGCCUGCUGCUGCCACGGCCACCAACAGCUGCAGCACUUUGACCUCUGCCCCAGCCACCUUCACCUUGAAAAGCGUCUGUUUCUCCACUUCUCAGGCCCCUGCUAUGCAAAAAAUGGCCCUCUCCUUCCCACCUGGUGCAGUCCUCGCCCCCAGCCAGCCCCUAGUUUACCUCCCACCUCUUCCAAGCCCGCUCGGGGUCCCGUCUGCCCUUGCCCUGCCUGUCAUACCCACCUUCCCACAAGACCCCUGCCUGCCUAGCCUUCUCGCCCCCUCUGAGCUGCGCUCUUACCCGUAUGCCUUCUCCGUGGCCAGGCCUUUGGCCGCAGAUCCCAAAGUGGCACCUGUGGAGACAAGCCAGCUGAACUGCCCUGCCCCGUCAGGGGAAAGCAGCACCCCUGCGGUCACUGGACCCUCCUCUGUUGUCGAUGGCUCGGACCUCUCGCCUAGCACGCCUGCCUUGGCAGCGGCAGGUGCCAGCCCUGUCCCACUGUCGGUCGCCGCCAGUGUGCUCGCCAGGUCCCCGACAGUCCCGGAACAGCUUCCCUCAGGCGUCCUGGCCUCCAUCUCCCCACUGAAAUCCCCCCCACAGCUGGAGCGUGAGAUGGUCUCCCCGGAAUGCAGCGAGAUGCCCCUCGACCUUUCUGCCAAGUCAAACCGCCAGAAGCUGCCUCCUCCGAGCCAGCGCAAGACGCCCCCGAUGCCUGUGUUGACCCCAGUGCACACCAGCGGCAAAGCACUGCUCACCACGGUCUUCUCCAAGCCUCAGCGGGUGGCUCAGGCCAUUGGCGGCCCAGGCACUGCUUCACCCUUCGUCAUCUUCCCGGAGUUCCUCCGCAAUGGAGAGCAGGGCUCCUGGGUGAAGAGCUCGACUGCCCUCAUCAGCACCAUCCCAGGCACCUACGUUGGGGUGGCCAACCCAGUCCCAGCUUCUGUGCUGCUGGGCAAGGAUUCCAGCAUCGGCCUUGGCAGGGACUCCCGCCAUCUCGCCAAGCAGGAGCUCAUUUCCAUUGUUGACCAGGGAGAGCCUCGCAGUGGUGGGCUGCCUCCCGGGAAGAAGAGUGGUGGAGAGGGGUCGCCCGACCCCGCAAAGCAGCUCCUUCGUGGCCGGGGUGUGCCAGGGGCCCAGUUGCACCCCUCAAAGGAGCUGGCCAUUUGGAGCCCCAGCCAGGGAAGCGUUUACCCUCGGUGCUCAGUCAAUGGGAAGCCUGCCAGCCCCCAGCUGCUGCCUGUGGGGUGGUCGCCUUAUCAUCAGGGCCCUCUGCUUUCCAUCGGCAUCUCGGCAGCCGGGCAGCUGUGCCCAAAUCAAGUUGCCCCCUGCAAGCCGGCUGGCACAGGUGAGCUGGCCACGUUCCCUGGUGUGCAGCUGAUAGAGUCCUCCGCUGUGGUCCAGAAGCCCCCCGAAGCUCCCUCUCAGGGCAAGGGUUGUAAGGCAGCCUUGCCGAACACAGCCAGCCCUUUGUGCAUCUCACCAGCUCUUCAGACCAGCCUCCCAGACGCAAGGGGCUCCGAGGGUCUCAUCCCAAAAUACGACUCUGACAGACUCGAGGCUGACUCGGCAGCACAGGCCACCCUGCAGCCCAAAGCUCCCCCGGAGGGCUGUAGCCGCAAGCGCCCUGGGGAUUCCAAGCCUAAAAACCAGGUCUUGACUGCCUACCUAUCUCACAGCCUUUCCUUAGCUAGGCAGCCAAGUGUGCGGACAACCUCUGAGGCUCCUCUCCCAGGGAGCAAGCGCAAGGACCGGAAGUGCAGCAACGCAUCUCGGAAUCAGCCGGCGGCAGAAGUCCCUCUCCGCAGCAUGCACCAGGUUGAUCUCAGCCGUGUGAAGAAGGAACGGGUGGAGCCAGAGGUGCUGAUCACCGCCGCCACUUGUCUGCAUGCUGGGGCUGCCUCGAGAAGCCCUCCGAAAGCCAAGCUCAAGGGGGUGGCCCACAUCAAAGUGGAGGAGGGCUUCCCCUGCAAGUCCAAGCGGCAGCAUGACGAGCCAGACCGCCUGACCCACAAGAAGCAGAAGUGCAGGGGCAGUGAGGAAUCUCAGGCCCCCUGCAAAUCGGACAACCAGAACCUGCACACCCGUAAGUGGCGGAAGUAUCACAGCUCCCACGAGGUCAGCAAGCAGGAGAGCCGGUCGGGCUCCACGAAGGAGCAUGGCAGCCCCCGUGCCAAGCGCAAGCGCCGGAAGGCAUCUCCAGGGCAUCAUGGGCACAGCUGCGAAGAAGUUUUUGUUGAGAAGAAAUCAAAGAACAGUUUCCGGGACUUCAUUCCUGUGGUGCUGAGCAGCCGGACACGCAGCCAGUCAGGAAGCAUGGGAGGCUCUUCUGUUAACAUGUUGGAGGAGGAGUGUGGCCAGGAGAUUCUACCACCGGUGGAUGAGGAAGAAGAGAAUGUCGAGGGGGAAGAUGAGCUCGCCUUGAGGCAUCGCAGGCUGAGAAAAUCCCACCGCCUCUCCCCCCACUCUGGCUGCAAAGACAGAGAGCGGUCGCGGUCAGAGAAGAGCAGUUUCCACUCACGCAAGAGUCAGGGGAUGCCGUGGCAAGUGGACGCCACUGAGCAGCUGUGGAGCCGCAAGGAGGCGGAGGAAGAGAGCAGCCACAUCAAGAGGAAGAAAAGGAGGAGGCAGAAAAGCUGGAAGUACCAGACUGGAGACUACUUGAUAGAGAGGGAGAAAGAGGAGCACACGAGCUGUUGCCACAAGCGGCGGAAAAUGAAAGCAGACUUCAGGUACCGAAAGCACAAGGAUGCUGUGCUGAGCAAAGGCUCGGACCUGUGCUUGCGGAGUAGGCUUUCUCCAACCCUCCAAGGACGCCUGGACUUCCACAACGGAUUCCUCUUGGAUCACCCUGACUCUGCUCCCAUCCAGGAUGUGCUGGAGAAACCUUCCGGGAAACGCAAAUGCAAAACCAAACACCUCUCAGGCAGCUGCGAAGAGGGGAAGGCCAAGGCACGCCUGAGCCAGUCCAAGACACGCUCUCCAAAGAAAGCUCGGGAACCCUGCUUGUUGAACAAGUCCCGGCAGCACAAAUCAGAAAGAGCCCCCGAGUCCCCUGCAGCCCCGCCAGUGCCCCCUGAAGCUCGCCGACUGAUAGUGAACAAGAAUGCCGGGGAGACACUGCUGCAGAGAGCAGCCCGGCUUGGCUACAAGGAUGUGGUGAUGUACUGCCUGCAGAAGGAAAACAACGAUGUCAACCACAGGGACAACGCAGGCUACACAGCCCUGCACGAGGCCUGCGCUCGCGGCUGGGUGGACAUCCUACAGCUCUUGCUGGAGCAUGGUGCAAACGUGAACUGCAGUGCGCAGGAUGGCACCAGGCCUGUCCAUGACGCUGCAGCAAAUGACAACCUGGAGAUCAUGUGGCUCCUGCUUUCUUACGGUGCUGACCCAACCCUGGCUACAUAUUCGGGGCAGACUGCCCUGAAGCUGGCCAGCAGCGAAAACAUGAAAAACUUCCUUAAUGAUUACCUCUUGGAUCUGCAGGGUCGAGCUGAAGGAGACCCCCAUACAGCCUGGGAUUUUUACAGCAGCACUAUAUUAGAGGGGAAAGAUAAAAUCAGCUGUGACCUUCUGCUCAACCCUCCUGGGAGCUCUGAUCAGGAGGAAGAUGAGCAGGACUCGGACCACCUAAUGUUUGAGUUCUCCGACAAGCCGCUGCUCCCCUGCUACAACCUGGAAGUGUCUGUCUCCAGGGGGCCCUGCAACUGGUUCCUCUUCUCGGACGUGCUGAAGCAGCUGAAGCUCUCAUCCCGCAUCUUCCAGGCCCGCUUCCCACACUUCGAGGUGACCACCCUGCCCAAGGUGGAGUUCCAGCGCCAGGUGUCAUUGAGCCAGGUGCUGGCCCCAGAAGAAAUCCAGGAGCACAUGGCGCCCCCCUUGGCUCUGUGCGCUGCAGAGACGGUGGAGCUGGUGCGCCACGAGCCGGAGUUGGCUCAGCUGCUGGGCUCAGAGGUGAUGUUGGAGGCCUGGAGCAGCUGACGGGGGGCCGGGCAUUCCCCUCUGUCGGCGUCGGACUGCACUGCGAGGCAAUAAUCUGGACCAAGGAGAGAAGGUGGCCUUCUCGCGGGCAGGGCUUCUGUCUGCCUGGUCCUCCCUGACGAACUGCAACGGGUGCUCACCGCCUGCCCUCCUACCUUCCCACCCAACCUGGGGGUAGGAAGCUGCCGUCCCCUGUGCCCUGGACUCUGCACUCGUUUACCUGCUGCAGGGCCUUGGUGGUUUGGAAGCCUCUCCAUGGAACUGCAUCUCUUUCCCCACCCCCAAGCUCUUCCAGAGUAUUUAUUUAAAUUAGUAUUUAAUUUGU